AUGCCAGCCAAAACUCCAAUCUCAGUGCUUCUUUUGGGCCUUCUCGGUGCCGUUCAUGGCCAGGUGACCUACAAUGGAGAGUCCGGCAUCUUCACGUGCGCAACCGCCUCAGGAGCCUAUUGCUCUGGCGACUCCCUCAGCAGCAACAUCAUUAUAAGAUGCUCCGGUGGUGUCGGCAUACCAGGAAACUGUAACGACAACUUGGCUGGCAUAACGCCCGUAGGCGUCAAGACAUCUGCCCUAUGCUACCAGACAUCUCCAACCGCUGGUGAUGCUGUAUGUUCCUUCAACAACGUUGGAUAUCCCGGCAAUGCUGCCGCUUUCGCCAUCGCCAACUGUAACACGCCCUCAAAUGGUAGUGUCUCGACGCAAAUACUGUCUGCACCUACUAUUCCGGCCGUCCAUGUUUCAAGCAAUCAUAGCAGCAGCAGCACAACAACAAAGGCACCUUCGGAUAAGACCAGCACUAGCACUCUCACGAGGACGAGCACGAAUAUCCUAACCAACACGGAAAUAGUUGACCUGCCGACAACCCCAACCCCAACGCCUUCUGGGCCGUCGGUCGAGAUGACGACCGGGGCAGCAACGCGGCCUGGCGGAAGUCUUGGUUUUGGAUUUUUCGUUGCUUUUGGGGUGGCAGAUCUGCUCAUGGGCUAA